AUGCCAGAGCGUGCCUGCUCAGGACUUGGUAAGAACCCAUUCGUUACAGGCCAUUUGUGUUUUAUAUUGGAAUACGCAGUUUUUUUUUUACAGAACGUUGGCAGCCAAUACUUUAAAAAAAUGUUUGAUUGUGGACCGGCGAGCUGUCAAAAGAUUUGUAGUUCAUGCCUGUAGAUCUAAUGAAACAGAUUAAACUUUUCGACUUCGUACUACUUCUUGGCCGUCAAAUAUGGCAAAUGUUAAGUUAAUUCACUUGAAAACACGUUUAAACAAUUUAAUAUAUACAGUGGGGAGAACAAGUAAUAAUAAUAAUAUGCCAUUUAGCAGACGCUUUUAUCCAAAGCGACUUACAGUCAUAUUUGAUACACUGCCGAUUUUGCAGGUUUUCCUACUUACAAAGCAUGUAGAGGUCUGUAAUUUUUAUCAUAGGUACACUUCAAUCACAUUGUAUGAUUUUUAAGUAAUUAAUUUGCAUUUUAUUGUAUGACAUAAGUAUUUGAUCACCUACCAACCAGUAAGAAUUCCGGCUCUCACAGACCUGUUAGUUUUUCUUUAAGAAGCCCUCCUGUUCUCCACUCAUUACCUGUAUUAACUGCACCUGUUUGAACUCGUUACCUGUAUAACAGACACCUGUCCACACACUCAAUCAAACAGACUCCAACCUCUCCACAAUGGCCAAUACCAUAGAGCUGUGUAAGGACUUCAGGGAUAAAAUUGUAGACCUGCACAAGGCUGGGAUGGGCUACAGGACAAUAGGCAAGCAGCUUGGUGAGAAGGCAACAACUGUUGGCGCAAUUAUUAGAAAAUGGAAGAAGUUCAAGAUGACGGUCAAUCACCCUCGGUCUGGGACUCCAUGCAAGAUCUCACCUCGUGGGGCAUCAAUGAUCAUGAGGAAGGUGAGGGAUCAGCCCAGAACUACACGGCAGGACCUGGUCAAUGACCUGAAGAGAGCUGGGACCACAGUCUCAAAGAAAACCAUUAGAAACACACUACGCCGUCAUGGAUUAAAAUCCUGCAGCGCACGCAAGGUCCCCCUGCUCAAGCCAGCGCAUGUCCAGGCCCGUCUGAAGUUUGCCAAUGACCAUCUGGAUGAUCCAGAGGAGGAAUGGGAGAAGGGCAUGUGGUCUGAUGAGACAAAAAUAGAGCUUUUUAGCCUAAACUCCACUCGCCGUGUUUGGAGGAAGAAGAAGGAUGAGUACAACCCCAAGAACACCAUUCCAACCGUGAAGCAUGGAGGUGGAAACAAUUCUUUGGGGAUGCUUUUCUGCAAAGGGGACAGGACGACUGCACCGUAUUGAGGGGAGGAUGGAUAGGGCCAUGUAUCGCGAGAUCUUGGCCAACAACCUCCUUCCCUCAGUAAGUGCAUUGAAGAUGGGUCGUGGCUGGGUCUUCCAGCAUGACAACGACCCGAAACACACAGCCAGGGCAACUAAGGAGUGGCUCCAUAAGGAGCAUCUCAAGGUCCUGGAGUGGCCUAGCCGGUCUCCAGACCUGAACCCAAUAGAAAAUCUUUGGAGGGAGCUGAAAGUCCGUAUUGCCCAGCGACAGCCCCAAAACCUGAAUGAUCUGGAGAAGGUCUGUAUGGAGGAGUGGGCCAAAAUCCCUGCUGCAGUGUGUGCAAACCUGGUCAAGACCUACAGGAAACGUAUGAUCUCUGUAAUUGCAAACAAAGGUUUCUGUACCAAAUAUUAAGUUCUGCUUUUCUGAAAUACUUAUGUCAUGCAAUAAAAUGCAAAUUAAUUACUUAAAAAUCAUACAAUGUGAUUUUCUGGAUUUUUGUUUUAGAUUCCGUCUCUCACAGUUGAAGUGUACCUAUGAUAAAAAUUACAGACCUCUACAUGCUUUGUAAGUAGGAAAACCUGCAAAAUAGGCAGUGUAUCAAAUACUUGUUCUCCCCACUGUAUCUUAAAUGGUCGCAUUUUCAUGACUUUGAUGAUGCAAAUUUGAGGCUCAUUCUUAGCCUACAAAACAAGGAAUACAGAAAUAAAGUUGACGUGUCACUUGCACAUCGUAUUAUAAUAAAAUAAUGCCAUUGCGUUUAUUCAAAGCAACUUAGUCAUGAUGUGUGCAUACAUUUUACAUAUGAGUAAUCCCGGGAAUCGAACCCACUAUCCUGGUGUUGCAAGUGCCAUGCUCCACCAACUGAGCUACAGAGGACCACAUAAUCAUGUGGUCACAUGAGCUAAGAAUGAACACAUUCCACAUACAAUAUGUACAUUGUAGAUCUACACAAGAUGAGAAGUCCUGUGUUGAGAUCAGUCAUGUAGAGCUGACAGAUGGAUAGAUAUUGUCUGUUUUUCUCAUAUUUGCUUUAUGUACAAAAAAAUGCGAUAGGAAAGGAUUCAUUACAGAAAGAGACAUGGCAUAGGCUAGACCUAACAUCAAACAGAUGAAUGUUAUGUACUCAAUAUUACACAGUCCCUGAACAGAACAUCAUCAGUCCUCAUCAGCAGCCCAUGAAAUGGUCUCUGACUCAUCUCUUCUGUGUGUGUGUGUGUGUGUGUGUGUGUGUGUGUGUGUGUGUGUGAGAGAACAGGGAGUGGAUUCUCUGGUCCUGGAGAGUGUGAUGUUUGCCAUCCUGGCGGAGAGAGCACUGGGGCCACGGCUCUAUGGAAUCUUCCCUGAGGGACGCCUGGAACAGUACCUGCCGGUACGCGCACACACAAGAAUAAUAAAACCAAGAGAAAAUAUUAUAAUAGCCAGACAUUGCAACUUUUGUUGUCUGCUACGUAGUCACACGUUCAUAACUGGUAUUCAUAGCUGACUUUGAAAAGUAUUUUAAUAAAGUACGACUGGAAUUUAUAUAUAAAUGCCUGGAAUAUUUCAAUUUUGGAGAAUCUAUUAUACAAUGGGUUGAAGUUAUGUAUAGUAACCCAAGGUGUAAAAUAUUAAAUAAUGGCUACUGUCAGAGUAAAACAAGGUUGUCCACUAUCGGCAUAUCUAUUUAUUAUGGCCAUCGAAAUGUUAGUUAUUAAAAUCAGAUCCAACAAUAUUAAGGGGCUAAAAUUCCAGGGCUUAAAAACAAAGGUGUCAUGGUACGCUGAUGAUUCAUGUUUUCUUUUAAAUCCACAAUCUGGAUCCCUCCACAGCCUCAUAGAGGAUGUAGAUACUUUUUCUAACCUCUGGAUUACAACCAAAUGUUGUUAAGUGUACUAUAUUACAUUUACAUUACAUUUACGUCAUUUAGCAGACGCUCUUAUCCAGAGCGACUUACAGUUAGUGAAUACAUAUUUUUUUUUUUUUAUACUGUCCCCCGGUGGGAAACGAACCCACAACCCUGGCGUUGCAAACGCCAUGCUCUAUCAACUGAGCUACAUCCCUGCCGGCCAUUCCCUCCCCUACCCUGGACGACGCUGGGCCAAUUGUGCGCCGCCCAUGAGUCUCCCGGUCACGGCCGGCUGCGACAGAGCCUGGAUUACGUAUUGGAUCACUAGAAAAUACAACUUUGACAUUACUGUGUAGUUUACCAAUAACAUGGUCUGACGGUGAUGUGGACAUAUUCGGUAUUCCUAUCCCGAAAGAAAUGAUCUCACUACAAUACAUUUUAUUAGAAAGUUAGCAAAAAUAGAUAAGAUCUUGCUACAGUGGAAAGGAAAAUGCCUGUCUAUUUGUGGAAAAAUCACUCUGAUUUAACUCUUUAGUCAUAUCCCAGUUUACCUAUUUCCUUAUGGCCUUGCCUACACCUAGCGACUCGUGUUUUUUAAAUAUAUGAGCAAAAAAUAUUCAAUAUUAUUUGGAACGGCAAGCCAGACAAAAUUAAACUAGCCUAUAUAUAUAUAUAUAUAUAUAUAUAAUAAAUAAAUAUAAAUUCGGAGGGCAGAAAUUGUUAAAUAUUAAAGCAAUAGACCUCUCACUAAAGAUUUCAGUCAUACAAAAGUUAUACUUAAAUCCAAACUGGUUCUCUAGUAGAUUAGUAAGAAUGUCUCACCCCUUGUUCAAGAAUGGCCUUUGUCCCUUUAUUCAGAUUACAACCUCUCACUUUCGGUUAUUUGAAAGUAAAAUAAUCUAAAAAAUAUUGCUAUUCUUAAAACAAGCCAUAUAAAAUUGCUUGCAAUUUCAGUUUAAUCCACCAGGAAAAAUUGAAGAAAUGUAUGAUCUUUGUAAAUGAUAUCAUAAAUAGAACUGGUGGAGUUAUGUCACACAUGCAGCUAACAAAAAUCUAUGGAAAUGUCUGCUCUACCCAAAAUUACAACCAACUAAUUGCAACAUUACCGCAAAAAUGGAAGAGGCAAUUGGAAGGUGGAAAAAGUAUGGAACUUGUCUGUCGGCCCUGCAUUAAAGAAAAUGCUUACAGAAAGUUGUGAUAAAUAAAAAAGAAUAGCAGUUUCAUUUAAGGACCAAAAAAUUGACACCUGUGUCAUAUAGAUUGCAAAACAGUUGGGAAGACAUUUUCGAUGUACCGAUUCCAUGGCACAUGGUUUAUGAGCUGAAGCACAAAACGACGCCAGAUUAUUAUACAAAGUUCUUGCAAACAAUACAAUGUUAUAUAAAUGGGGGAUACAACCAUCCCAGCGCUGCAGAUUUUGCUGUGAAAAGACAGAAUCACCAGAUAAUUUGCUUUGGUACUGUCCAUAUGUAGCUUGUUCUUGGUCACAGGUUCAGGAAGUGAGCUAACUCUGCAAAUGGCACUGCUGGGUGAUUUGAAAAGUCAUAGUCAAUCGAUCAAUAAUAUAAUACUUUUAGCAACAAAUUUUUAUUUUAUGUACAAUCUGUAGAAACUAUGGGAAUACAAAGGUUCAGAACUUUUGUCAAACAUCAUAGCACAGUUUUUAAAAAGUAUGGCAAAUAGAAAUCAAAACUGGAUGGUGUUUCGGAAAGUAUUCAGACCCCUUGACUUUUUCCACAUUUUGUUACGGUACAGCCUUAUUCUAAAAUUGAUUAAAAUAAUUUAUUUCCUCAUCAAUCUACACACAAUACCCCAUAAUGCCAAAGCGAAAACAGGUUUUUAGAUUUUUUUGCAAAUGUAUUUAAUAUAAAAAACAGAUACCUUAUUUAAAUAAGUAUUCAGACCCUUUGCUAUGAGACUUGAAAUUGAGCUCAGGUGCAUCCUGUUUCCAUUGAUCAUCCUUGAGCUGUUUCUACAACUUGAUUGGAGUCCACCUGUGGUAAAUCCAAUUGAUUGGACAUGAUUUGGAAAGGCACACACCUGUUUUAUAUAAGGUACCACAGUUGACAGUGCAUGUCAGAGCAAAGACCAAGCCAUGAGGUCGAAGGAAUUGUCCAUAGAGCUCCGAGACAGGAUUGUGUCGAAGCACAGAUCUGGGAAAUGGUACCAAAACAUUGAUGCAGCAUUGAAGGUUCCCAAGAACACAGUGGCUGCCAUCAUUCUUAAAUGGAAGAUGUUUGGAACCACCCAAGACUCUUCCUAGAGCUGGCCGCCUGGUCAAACUGAGCUCCAGAUUUCCUCUUUGGAGAUGGGAGAACCUUCCAGAAGGACAACCAUCUCUGCAGCACUCCACCAAUCCGGCCUUUAUGGUAGUGGCCAGACGGAAGCCACUCCUCAGUAAAAGGCACACGACAGGCCGCUGGAGUUUGCCAAAAGGCACCUAAAGACUCUCAGACCAUGAGAAACAAGAUUCUCUGGUCUGAUGAAUCCAUUAGGGGAACAUAAAAAAGGAAAAUAUAUACAGUACCAGUCAAACGUUUGGACACACCUAGUCAUUCAAGGGUGCAAAGCUGUCAUCAAGGCAAAGGGUGGCUAUUUGAAGAAACUCAAAUAUAAAAUGUAACACUUUUUUCGUUACUACAUUAUUUCAUAGUUUUGAUGUCUUCACUAUUAUUAUAUAUAAAGAAAAACCCUUGAAUGAGUAGGUGUGUCCAAACUUUGGACUGGUAGUGUAUAUACACCAAUAAUACAACUUAUGAAUGCGUCAUGAGUUUAGUUCAACUGUAGUACCCUAUCAGAACCCCAAAUAAAAUAUUUCUUUACACCAUUGUUUAUAAACAAUGUAAUUGUAAACAAACACUGUAUACCCUCGAAACAUGGUUAAAACUAUAAUCUCAUGAAUGGUCAGUCCUUGCAUCUGUACCUCUGUCUAUGAAUUUAAGGGUGGUUACAUUUCUCCAGCCCCAUCCCUUAGCUGUUUACCAAAUUUGUGGUGGGAAUACCCCUUUGUUAUUGUUUGCACUGCAGAGUGCCCCUUUAAAAACAGUAGCUGUUAGUUUAACAAUGUACAAUAUUAGUUACCACCUGAGCGUCGCUAUAUUGAUCAAUCAGUUUGAAAUGGAAUCCAUUCGCGAGUGCUUCCAGAAUGCAUGAUGUUGACAGGUCUUCUCUCUCUGACCAUCAUGUUACAUGUCCUUUCUACUUUCUGGCAAAGCCCCAAAUAGCUUUGACAUUUGCAAACUGUCCGUUUCAAUCGUGUUUGAAAGUAUCUCUCUGCAUAUGUGUUUUUCACUAGUCACUGUGAGCUAAAUAGACACAUACUGUAUACAGACUCACUUUCACAUUCCAUGUUUAGAGAGAAAUGUCUGCAUAUCCAAUUUUGUCUUAUGGAUAUUUUACCACGCACACACAGACAUACGCACUUGUCAUACACUACCGUUCAAAAGUUUGGGGUCACUUAGAAAUUUCCUUGUUUUCGAAAGAAAAGCAAUUUUUCUCUGACACUGCCCAAUGUUUUGCGGGUACUAUUUAAUUAAGCUGCCAGUUGAGGACCUGUGAGGCGUCUGUUUCUCAAACUAGACACUAAUGUAUUUGUCCUCUUGCUCAGUUGUGCACCGGGGCCUCCCACUCCUCUUUCUAUUCUGGUUAGAGGCAGUUUUCGCUGUUCUGUGAAGGGAGUAGUACACAGCGUUGUAUGAGAUCUUCAUUUUCUUGGCAAUUUCUCGCAUGGAAUAGCCUUCAUUUCUCAGAACAAGAAUAGACUGACGAGUUUCAGAAGAAAGUUAUUUGUUUCUGGCCAUUUUGAUCCUGUAAUCGAACCCACAAUUGCUGAUGCUCCAGAUACUCAACUAGUCUCAAGAAGGCCAGUUUUAUUGCUUCUUUAAUCAGCACAACAGUUUUCAGCUGUGCUAACAUAAUUGCAAAAGGGUUUUCUAAUGAUCAAUUAGCCUUUUAAAAUUAUAAACUUGGAAUAGCAAACACAACGUGCCAUUGGAACACAGGACUGAUGGUUGCUGAUAAUGGGCCUCUGUACGCCUAUGUAGAUAUUCCAUAAAAAAUCAGCCGUUUCCAGCUACAUUUUACAUUUUGGUCAUUUAGCAGACGCUCUUAUCCAGAGCGACUUACAGUUAGUGAGUGCAUACAAUUUUCAUACUGGCCCCCCAUGGGAAUCGAACCCACAACCCUGUCGUUGCAAGCGCCAUGCUUUACCAACUGAGCUACAGGAGGGCCAUUUACAACAUUAACAAUGUCUACAUUGUAUUUCUGAUCAAUUUGAUGUUAUUUUAAUGGACAAAAAAAUUGCUUUUCUUUCGAAAACAAGGACAUUUCUAAGUGACCCCAAACUUUUGAACGGUAGUGUAGGUAUGCAUUAAAAUGUAUGCAAACUCAAAUAUCGAACACAACGUACAGGUUGACAAUAACAGACAUAUCACAAUUUACAGUUUCAAGUUAGCGUCUUUGUACUGAUUGAGGGGGGACAACCGGAGCUGGGAUUUACGACUGGCGAGUGCACCUUUUCCAUAAAGGUCCAGACCUUUGGGCAGAUGUAUCAGAAAAGUCCCAUACAUUUUAACAGUGACUGUGAGUGUAAAGUCCUGUGUCUUUGUCCUAAUCUCCCAGAGCAACCGUUUGCGUACAGAGCAGCUCUUUGUUCCGGAACUGUCUGCUGAGAUAGCCUCAAAGAUGGCCCGCUUCCACAGGAUGGACAUGCCCUUUAACAAGGAACCCAAGUGGCUGUUCGGGACCAUAGGCAGGUGAGGUAGGAUAGGACUGCUCUCUCUAAGUCAAAGCCUACACCAAGUAUUGACUGAGGAGUACUGUAAAAAUUUGAAUUUGAUGUAACCGUUUGCAAGUAGUACUUUUCAUCAGCUUUUCAUAAUGCUCUGUCUGGUGUUGUCUCAGGUACAUGGAUCAGGUGAUGAACUUGAAGUUUGCCCGCGAGGCUCACGUCAAGAAAUACAACAAGCUGAUUAAGUACGACCUCCCGGCAGAGCUGGAGAGUCUCCGGUGAGUUAGGAGAUGCUGGGGAAGGGCAUGGCUGGAAUGGACAAUGAUCUGGCAGGGGAGAUGUCUGGGAAUGGCAAGGCAAUGGGAGGAGAGGAGGUGGAAAUGGCUGGGGACAAUAAUGCUAUGGCAGGGGAGCUAAAGGAAAAAAACAGGAAUGUUUAGGGAAGGCAGGAGCGUUGGGACAUCCACGUCACAAUAGACCUCUCUCUUUCUCUCCACCACACACACAUAAAGACACACACACAUCAUACACAACAUGAACUAUCUCUUUCACAUCCACAAACAUGUUACUCUCUCUAAUAAAUAUGUAGUGUUCUCUCUGCAGCCUGUUAGAAAGUUGACCUCUCCCCCAGUGCCUUUCUCUGACACUGCCCAAUCAGGAGACUGUAGCUUCCUGUGACCCUACACACACACACACACACACACACACACACACACACACACACACACACACAGACCAGCAGUGUGUGUGCCCCAUAGAGAUAGUUAGAGAAGGAAGCAACUUUGUAUCUGGCUUAUUAUGCGUCUGUCAGAGCAUGGGCAGCGCCAUGGAGGCCAUCUCCAUUUUGAAGUAGUCCAUUUUCUUCUACUACUUCUAUGAGUUGGUAAACCAACUGAAAGGGUGCAUACUGCCACCUGAGGGGUAUACUAUGUACCAGGUUUGAGGAGUUAGUGAGGUAACAUUGGUCAACUCUGAGUUCAACUCAAGAUAACCGGUCAUACGAAAUGGCUCACCUUUUAGCCAGGUACAUUUCAACAUUUAUCCUGAAUGAAGUGUCUGAGCCAUGAGUUGAGGACUAAUGAAAUCAGAUACCUUCCCCUCUGGCAAAGAUUGCAUCAUCAUCCCCUUCAUUUGAGGAAGACGACUGAUCAAAUAUUUUAUUAAUAAAAUAAAAAAUCACAUUACACAUUUAGUAAUAACCAUUUGCUUUCCAAACUGUACAUUUUUUGCACGAUUGUACUUAGACAUUAGCAAAAGGCAAACUGACAGCCACAACCAACCAUAGACAUAUAAUUAUAGAUGGCAGUUUCCAUUCAACUCAAGACUGGCAGCCUUUGCUAGUGUACCCAUGAGUUUAACAGUCAAAUGAAGGUUCCAAAACCCUUCUAUGGAUUAUAUGUCUAUGACCACAACACAAUAAGAUGUUCCAAAGAUAGAAGAAGGAGCAAUAGGAGUGGGAAAAAGGUGCUCAUUGUUUGAUAAGCACACCAAAGACGGCAUUAACAAUAAAUAAGGACGGCACAUAAAAGCCUAUUUUACACCAUAGCCUGCUGAAUUAGCAAAAUAACUUUUCUUUAAUUUUGAUAUCUGCACAAAUGAAAAUGUGGCACUGACUCGCCCAUGGAUUGACGUUUCAGCAUUGUCUCAAUGAAGAGUUUGGCGUUUGACUAGCCAUGUGCGACAUGCACGUGCAGUUACAAGCCUGAUAGAGUUAGCGGCAGCCGGAAGAGCAAUAUCCACCGUCGUAGUACAGAUGAAGCCUGACCUGGAAUGUGAAGCUAACUGAAGCUGGCUAGCUUUAUAAAAGCCUGAGUAGAUCUAGCUUGCUUUGUAGUACACCACUCUGGAGUGUGUUGUUUGAACAGGUAUAAAGCAAAGGUUGGAAAUGUACUGCCGUUAUGGAAUGUUCGUUCACAAGUAUAAUGAAUUGGCUGAUCCUUCCUAAUGACCUGGAUGGAAUUAUUUGAUCCUUCCGUAACCCAUAGGAAGUCGAGUAAAAUACUUCAAAAUGUUGAAAGUCUUCAAUGGCUCUGCCCAUGCUCAAACGUGCUUUUGGGCACUAGAGAUGUCUAUCUAAGUCUAUGGUGUGCCCUUACUGUCUGGCAGCCAGUCCCCUACACACCUCAAGGUCGCCUGAUCUAAUAAUAAUGAUAGAUCACAUUCAUAUAGUUUUCUACUACGUCAAGGUGCUUUCAGUCAACCAGUCACAUUUUAUCACAUGCUUAACAGCAACCUGGACCAAUAUUAUACACAUCUGUACAGCUUUGUUAUAUCAUUAGUGACUCAUGGUGUAUCUACAUGUCAAUGUAGUAGCUACUAAUUGCUUUGUAAUAGUUUAGUUGUAGAGUUACUCUAAGUGUUACCACAUACAGUGCCCGCCGUAAUUAUUGGGACAGUGACCAUUUUUUGUUGUUGUUUUGGCUCUGUACUCCAGCACUUUGGAUUGUAAAUUAUACGAUAUUAAAAAAUAUCAUACCCCCCAAAAAAUGCUAACCUCCCCUGUUAUUGUAAUGGUGAGAGGUUAACAUGUCUUGAGGGUAUGAUAUUUGUGCGUCUAACAUUCUCACUCAUCAUUCAUUCAGGACUAUCUGUAAUCAUGGUAGCAUCCACAUUAAUGUAGAAGUGUUUAGAAACAUAUUCUAUUCUUAUUUACAAUAAAAGUGACUCCAACAUGACACAAUACAUUAUUUACCAUUCAUUUCUAUUGGGUACAAAAUAAUGUCAAACGCAACCAAAACAAACAGCAAAUGCAUCCAACAAGUUUGUAGAGUCAUAAGCUUGAUGUAGUCAUUGCGUGCUAGGAAUAUGGGACUAAAUACUAAACUUUUGCCUACUUGAAUACUACACACACAAGUGAAUUUGUCCCAAUACUUUUAGUCUCCUAAAAUUGGGGACUAUGUACAAAAAGUGCUGUAAUAUCUAAACGGAUAAAAAAUACCCCAAAAUGAAAGCUGAGAGUGCACUUUAACCUCAUAGUCAUUGUAUCAUUUCAAAUCCAAAGUGCUGGAGUACAGAGCCAAAACAACAAAAAAUAUGUUACUGUCCCAAUACUUACGGAGGGGACUGUAUCUACACCUACAGCCACAGCCACGGUUGCCUAAUGUUAGUGUGGUUGAGACUAUCUUCUGUAUAUCUACCUGUGAUUAUAUCAGGAGCAUAGAUCAACAUAUCUUACAGGACCUGCAUUCUGAACAUGGCUGCUCAAUCACAAAUAUCACAAUCACGUAUUUCUCUCCCUGUCAGGGAUUUGCUGUUACAACCUUCAUUUCCUAUUGAGCUACCCUUGGAGAGUCAGAGAGAGGCAUGCAGGACAUGCCAUUAUUGCACAAUCCCACUACAUAGUUACUACCCUGCUAUGCCAUGGUGUCCAGUACUCACUGCUUCCCCGUAACUACUCUACCAUCAUGAUCAUGUGCUUGAAAUAGUGAAGGGAGUAAUCGGGUCUUCCAUAUAGUAAAGGGAAUGUGUGUUAUGUAAUUCCGUAGUCUCUUUGUCUCCAAUAAAACAUAUAUUUUUAAAUAUUGUACAGGGUGAUAACAUAAAUAAUGAGCUGUUGAAAUGUACCAUAACCUCUGCCCCUUAAAGUUCACUGAAAGUUGAAGUGUGUACAUAAUAUAUUAAUGUCAUGUUCUCAUGAGAUAAAACAGUUCUCCCUCUCUGACAGCGUGUUGUUGGCAGCGACCCCAUCUCCAGUGGUGUUCUGUCAUAAUGAUGUGCAAGAAGGUAAAGGUCUAUCUUUGUGCUCUCUUCCCUUCACUCUAUCUACCCAUCUCUCUCUCUCUCUCUCCCCUCAUUGUCUUUCUCUCUCCCCUCUAACCAUAUUAACUUUAAACCUCCCACCUCUAAUUUGGGCUGCUUGACCCUCCCCCUGACUCAACAGUGGAUGUCCGUCACUUCCUGCAAGGACAGGAUAUUACAUAAGUUCGAGAAAGAAGGGGUGGAGGGUAUCUAUUUUUAGAGACUGAUCACAUUCGUAUGCAACAUACCCUCAGGCAAGUCAACCAAUAGAGUAGAUGGUAGAGGUGGUGGCCGUAGAUUGCCUAUGUAUACUUACAGUUGACUCCUGAAGUGCACAUCAGGACACACUCUGAAUGUACAGUGCUAUUGAACUCUCGAGGGGGAAGUGGGAGUGUUGUAACCUCCUGUCUCUCGUCCUCAGGUAACAUUUUGAUGCUGGAGGACAGAGACCGCACCUCCUCUGGGAAACUCAUGCUCAUAGACUUUGAGUACAGCAGCUACAACUACAGGUAAAGGCCUUUGUAUACAUAAACACUCAAUUAAAACUAGGGCUGUCAAAAAUAGCGCGUUAACAACGUUAAUUAGUUGUUUGCUGUUAAUUACGUCAAUUUUUUUAACGCAUUUCACGCAUGCGCAGUGUGACAAAUUAUUCAGGUCAGGAAAGUGGUUGGGAGCUAGAGGCGAGAUGGAGCAAGGUGAGCAAAGUGGGCCUAUUGACGGAUUCAAAUAUAAAAAGAAUGAUGAUGGUACAGUUAACAAGUACAAGGUUAUUUGCAAGAUUUGUAAGAAGGAGUUUCAAUUUCACCGGAGCUGUUCAAGCUUGAAGUACCAUGUCAACGCCAAACAUGCGUUUGCUGGGCCGUCAGAUUCAGCAAGUGGUUUGCGCCAGACCACGCUGAAUGUUUGCAGGCAAUUAACAAAAUCAACCUCAGAUAAUUUGACCAACACAAUAGCAAAAUGGAUUGCAAAGGAUUGUAGACCCAUUAGCAUUGUAGAAGACUCAGGUUUCCUUGAUGUUUUGCAAGUGGCGUCUCAAGACUCAUUCUAUAAGCCACCGUCAAGAGCCACAGCCAAAGACAAAUAUUAUGGUGUGUAGUAUGUUUCAGCUUGAUUUAAAACACCAUUAUUUGGCUGUGUUAAUAAACAGACAUAAUAUGUAAAUUAUGUAUCUGUGUCCUGUUAUUUUAUCUUUUGGUAUGCAUUUCAGAAAAAAAAUGGUUAGGAUUCAGGUGUAAUUGCAAAUAGUGAUUAAUCAUGAUUAAUCCACUGAAAAUUCUGAUUAAUUUGAUGAAAAAUUUUAAUCAUUUGACAGCCCUAAUUAAAACUACAGGUAAAAGGGUUAUAACCACACACACUCAGCUACAACUACACAGGAAUGCUUAUAGCCCCAUAUACUGUACAUCAAUUACAUUUACAGUUUAGUCAUUUAGCAGACGCGCUUAUCCAAUGCAACUUACAGGAGCAAUUAGGGUUAAGUGCCUUGCUCAAGGACACAUCAACACAUUUUUCACCUAGUCGGCUCCAAGAUUCGAACCAGCGACCUUUCGGUUACUGACCCAAUGCUAUUAACCACUAGGCUACCUGCCGCCAAUCAAAGGCACAAACAGCUUGGUGGUAACAGCAUUGAUUAAAGUAUGUCUCUACAAGUAAAAGGGACAGGUCUAAGUACUAUGCUAUCCAUAUGUAGCGGCGAUUGUCUCAAUUUCUUUAUGAUUGUCAUCUUAGAUUGUGCUGCAAUGUGUUUGUUGUUUGUUUAGGGGUUUUGACUUUGGGAACCACUUCUGUGAGUGGUGCUAUGACUACACAUACAACCAGUGGCCCUUCUACAAGUGUACACCUGACAACUACCCCAGCAGAGAACAACAGGUGACUACAACCUCUACCACACCUAUUGUAUAUCAAAAUACCCUCCAACAUCAUGCAAACACAGUGGCCGAGUGCGAAUACCCAUGCUAGCGUACUACAUACUUAAACUGCAUACUAUGUACUCAUUCUCGCAUACUAUUUAACAGGUAUCGUUUAGUAAAAAGUAUGCAGUAUGCCACGGCCGUAACGCAGUAGUGGCUCCUGACUGUUUGAGUAGGUGGGAUAGGGCAGAGUGCUGGUGGACUUUUCCAAAUUCGAUAGACAUGCAUCGCAUUAACCAGUCUGAUAAUAGCUCAUUUCCAAUUCGAUACAUUUCUGUAAACUCUGAAUAGAAUAGGAAGAGUUAUAUGCCUACUCAGGCUGGUUAUAGGCAUCACAUUCAACCUAUACCAUAGCCCAUCUAUCCUAUUUAAAAAGAACUGAAGACUGAAACAGAUAAUUUGGUUCCAUUUCAACAUGAUUUAUUAGUGAAACCAAAGUGCUGUAACAUAUAUAAAUUAAAUCAAAUAGCCUAGUACACACACCAACACUUUUUAAAUGUUCAAAUCAAAAGGCUAUUGCACAGAACAAUGUGGACAGUCAGGUGAAUCGCUAAUUCAGAACCGCUGGACAGCAACAUAAUACACUAAAGCACUGAUUAUUGGGAUCAGAAUGACUGCUAAGGCAUGAUCCAUAAAUUAAAUAAUUAAAUGGGUAGCCUAGCCUACAAAACUAAAACAAUCCAUAUGUUCAAAUCAAAACGCCUGAUUACCAUGACAUCAAUAACGCAGCCAAAUCCUGAGUCCCGGGGCCGACACAUUCAGAAAUCAAAAGAUGGUUUUGCAUUUAGUUUAAAAGCUCUGACGAAGGCCAAGAGAACAAGAAACACUUUUCAAAGCCGAAAUGAGUAUGACAUCCGGGCAUUUAAAGUGUGGCAUUUCUAAAUGUGGCAUACUAUUAAACUUUCUAUUUUCGCAUACUCAAACGGCCUACUAUUUAGGACGCAAGUAUGGGUAUUUGGACACAGCCACUUUCUCUCAUGCAUACUUCUUCUCCCCAUUAUCACACUCUCCCUUUUCUCCCUAUGAACUAUCAGUAUGACAUUUCUCUCUUGACUUUCUUCUGGUAGGAGUGUGAUGCAAAGGUUAGCAUCCAUACAAAGGAAUGCAGUUAAGGUGAAUUUUAGGUAAAGUGAUAAUUUCUAGAUCAAUGGGCGCGUUCGAGCAGAUCCAUUUUGUCUAUUUGGUUACCAUCGUUAGUCACCGCCUUUUAAAAGUGUGUUGUAUUAUGGGGAUAAAAAUUGUCUGACUUGUACCUACAUGUCAACUGCACAUGUUUUUUGUAAAUGUUUUUGAUGAAGUCGCCUUCAAGUUGCUGCAGUUGCUUCUCACCAACUGCACCGUACAGCCAUCGCCUGGCUAGUGAGAGGCACUAUUUGUCAAUCAAUAAUUAGAUUGUGGUUGACCCAUGCAAACAUUACCUGACUGAAACAGGAACCAACUUUGCCGUUAUUCUAAAGGUACAGGGGAUACAAAUUAGUGUGAUAUUUGAGAUCUCUCUCUAACCAAUUAAUUGUACACUUAAGUUUUCAGUUUGUGAGUGUGUGAUAUAGGGAUAUAAAAACUUUUAUUACGACAUUAAUAAAGAAAAACCUUUAAACAAUAGCAGCUAUGUUAACACUGCCAUGUUGAUAUGAGCCUUGCAAUUGGAAAACCACUACAGUGUCCGACUUUCAGCUGUCGCAGAUGCACCUGCCCCGACUUCACUCAUCAACUGUCUACAGUCGGCUUCGUUAGCCUACUCAAACAUACCCAUUGUCUGUCAUCAGUCACUAUGACAUGUUCAUGAUUCCACCACAGAAAUCCUUACGAUGAGCACAACAUGUCACGUUCACUGUUGGUAUCCCAAUCUUACAGCAUUAUUCAAAUAAACACACUGUAGCUAGUGUAACUUUUUUAACCAACCACACUACCAGUAGCCUCAGUGUAUAUCUAUUUUUCCUCAGUGUGUGACGUACUGUAUGUCUGUCCAGUCUUUUUCUGACCACAUCUAGUGGAAACAAAACUAUGCAUGCACAUUUCCAGAACUCAUGAAGUCAGCUGGUCUAAUACAAUGACACAAUUGCCAAUGCAUUAUUUUCAAGUUAUUGAUACAAGCCAGGGAACUUCAUUUAUAGAUUAAGUCUAUGUGGCGUCCCUCUUCUCUGAGCGAGUGUGUUUAUCUCUGCAGCUGCAUUUCAUCCGUAACUACCUGGUGGAGACGGGAGGCUAUUCAGAGAGCACCAUGCACGAGGACCAAGCUCGAAUAGAGCAGCAGAUGCUGAUCGAAGCCAAUCGGUAGGACACAGACUUCUACCACAGAUUAAUCCAAAAUGGACAGUUCACUCAUAAAUCAAAGAUUGAUUUUCUAACCUUAAAAGUAGUCUACAAUAUGUGCUCUGUUUUGUAAUAAUAAUCAUAAUUGAUUGGAUUUAUAUAUCGCUUUUCCACCUAGGUGUUCAAAGUGCUUUACAUAAUAAGAGGGAAAACUCACCUUUACCACCACCAAGGUGGUGCUUGCUUUUGAAAAUGUCUAACCAGCAUUGAUUUUGGUAUGAAAUGUUCACUGCUACUGUAUCCACAUGUACAGUAAGUAGCCAGUCCGUUGGCAGUUAAUUUAGGGUUGAGUGAUUUUUCCACAGGUUUGCCCUGGCAUCUCACUUCCUCUGGGGCCUGUGGUCUAUCAUUCAAGCCACGAUAUCCAAGAUCGAGUUUGGAUACAUGGUAAGUACAUUAGUAGACUUUACUUCACAUGGUGAGAUAGACUUCACCUCACUAGAAUGAAACAAUACAAUAGAGCUUCAGCAUACUGGAACAUCGAUUAAUGUCAUCCGCAUGACAUUGUAGGUGUUUUAUGGUCACUCCCCCUGUCUCUCUGUUUAUUUGCGGAGUGAGUUGUUCUAUGACCUGGAUAAACAGUGCUUCCAAAACACAUGAUCCGUCUCAAAGUUUACACCUGUUCAUUUGACUUCUGUCGUUUCAGGACUAUGCCCAGUCUCGAUUUGAUGCCUACUUCAAGCAGAAAAAGCUAUUUUCCUAA